GUUGUGUUUUGUAUGAGGAAGGAAUGACGUACUUCGAAACGAUAAUAAAACGAACCUGUGAAAACAGCGCGGGUCUCUUAUAGUCUGUGGCCACAUGAAGCCUUUACGUUCUAGUAUCCUCCUUGCCACGCUCCCUCCUCGUUUUCUUCACUUGAUAUCUCGUCUCCGGCAGCCAGUCCGUCCAGCGAAGUAACACGAAGGCGCCAGAGUCAUCAGAAACUGCGAAAGUACUGAACUAAAUAAGCAUGUCUGGCGUCAAGAAGCGGUGCUCUGGUUCCUCACUGGCUGAAGAGGAGAAGAUGCUGAAGUCAAACCAGCAGGAAAACGGGGCGCUGAAUCAAGAUGCGGGUCUGGGAGGCGACGAGCCAGAUGCUGGGAAAGAUGGCAGUAUGACCCUAAAACGUAACAUCACUCUGAUGAACGGCGUUGCUAUCAUUGUUGGCACCAUUAUCGGCUCUGGCAUCUUUGUGACCCCAACGGGUGUGGUGAAAGAAGCAGGCUCAGUGGGACUGUCGCUCAUUUUGUGGUCCGUUUGUGGUGUGUUUUCCAUUAUGGGGGCACUGUGCUAUGCUGAACUGGGCACCACCAUCACCAAAUCUGGUGGGGACUAUGCUUACAUACUGGAGGUGUACGGGCAGCUGCCAGCAUUCUUGAAACUUUGGAUCGAGCUGCUCAUUAUUCGACCCUCAUCUCAGUACAUCGUGGCACUGGUCUUUGCAACCUACAUCCUGAAGCCCUUCUUCCCCACCUGUGCAGUGCCAGACGAUGCUGCCAAGCUGGUAGCAUGUUUAUGUAUCUUGCUCCUGACUGCGGUGAAUUGUUACAGUGUUAAAGCAGCGACUCGGGUUCAAGAUGCAUUUGCAGCCGCAAAACUUUCUGCUCUUGGAUUGAUAAUUCUACUUGGUUUUAUUCAGAUUGGCAGAGGAGAUACACCAUUCUUGAAGCCAGAACAGGCCUUUGAAGGAACAAACUCAGAUGUUGGGAAGAUUGUGCUGGCCUUGUACAGUGGUCUUUUUGCAUAUGGAGGCUGGAAUUAUCUGAAUUUUGUUACUGAAGAAAUGAUCGAUCCAUACAGAAACUUGCCUCUUGCUAUCAUCAUUUCUCUGCCGAUUGUUACUUUGGUAUAUGUGCUCACCAACUUGGCCUAUUUCACUACCCUCUCACCAGAAGAAAUGCUGAUAUCAGAAGCUGUUGCUGUUGAUUUUGGGAAUCGUCAUCUGGGAGUGAUGGCAUGGAUCAUCCCAGUGUUUGUUGGACUUUCCUGCUUUGGUUCUGUCAAUGGAUCCCUCUUCACCUCCUCCAGACUGUUCUUUGUGGGGUCUCGGGAGGGUCACCUGCCAACUCUUCUUUCUAUGAUUCAUCCCACGUGCCUCACUCCAUUGCCUUCACUCAUUUUCACGUGCCUGAUGACCUUACUCUAUGCCUUUUCCAAUGACAUAUUUUCCGUCAUUAACUUCUUCAGUUUCUUUAACUGGUUAUGUAUCGCUUUGGCCAUCGUUGGGAUGAUGUGGCUCCGCUACAAGAAGCCUGAACUUGAACGGCCAAUAAAAGUGAACAUAUUGCUCCCCAUCCUUUUUGUCCUGGCAUGUGUCUUCCUUAUCAUUGUCUCAUUCUGGAUGACACCCAUCGAGUGCAUAAUUGGUUUUGUCAUCAUCCUGUCUGGAGUUCCUGUGUAUCUAAUCGGAGUUAGAUGGCAAAACAAACCUGAGUGGAUGCUGAACGGUUUGUUUUCUUUAACAGCUAACUUCCAAAAGAUGCUGAAAGUUGUGCCACAAGAAUCCUAGUAAAAGAUGUACAAUCAAAAAUAGCCUGUGUUACUACCCCGAGCAUUUGUCAAACAAGUGUUACAAGUAAUACUACACUUUUCUUCAGUUGAUCUGCGUUGUCAAAUCUACAGAUCUUCCAGCACAAGCAAAUGUAUCUGAGCUCUUGGGUGACACAUUGGCACUGACUAAAAGAAGUUGUCACACGAUUUACAGAAAAUACUUUUUGUGAUGUUUUAUUUCUAUUUGUAAUAUUUUCCAGAAUACAGACACUAUCUCAGUAUUUUUUAAGAAAGAGUAAUGCUGCAGAAAAUUGUUUUAAGAAUGCUGACUGAUCUGCUGUAUGACUGCAGAGGUGGUCUCAGCCACGAAAACCUGGAUUUGAGAAAAGUAUCUGAAUGUAAACUUCAAGACAAAAAACAUACAUAUAUGUUUGAAGCAAAGGUAUUGAACACUAUCUGAAGUGAAGGCUGGAUGCUUAAAACUUGAAAUGUCUGUGCCAUUUAUUUUAAAUGGAAUUUUACUGAUUUUCAGUUGUAGUUUGUUCAUUUUUGGUCUAUACCCCUGACUGAAGACAGAUGUAGCUAGUUGUCAUUUAAAGAACUAAAAUCGCAGAAAGAAAUGUUCAAGGUUAUUUGUCAAGCUUUACAACUCUUUCUCACUAAUCUGAUUUCACUGGACAUCUAAGCCAAACCAUAGAAUGCUAUAAUAACUGCAAGUUAAUGAAUGAACCUGAAUUCUUGCACUAAAGUUCCCAUAUGAGCUCAUAGAGUUUCUGCAGUUUGAGCAAUCUCCCAAACAGUAAACCGCAGUACUUGUAAGAGUUUUUCAGGAGCAUAUUACAGUAAUUAAUUUGAGAUUUAUGUUUUUUUUCCUCUGCCUGAACAAGGUUCUGAUGCAGUACCAACCUGCUAUUUUUUUUUUUGCCAAGUCUGACACUGUAAAGAAUGAAAUAUUAUGUUACUGAACACUCCACUAUAACAAACUUAAGUUACUGAACACUCCACUAUAAUAAAAUUAAGUUACUGUUUUAAUAUUCUUA